AUGCCUACAUCAACAACACGUCCUCUCUUAACCAUUGAGGACUACCGAACCGAAUCCGCAAUGAAACUGAAAAAGAUGACCAGAGACUACUAUGAGGCCGGUUCAGACGACCAGUUAACGUUAAACAGGAACGAAAACGCAUUCAAAAGGUUUCUGAUUCGCCCGAGGUGCUUACGUGACGUUUCCAGUGUGGACACAUCGGUAGAAUGGUAUGGGAGGAAGCACAGCUUCCCAAUUGGCCUUGCUCCUUCGGCUUUUCAUCGUAUGGCUACAAGAGAUGGCGAACUGAGCACUGUUAAAGGAGCAUCUAUGGCUGGAGCAGUAAUGAUUUGUAGUUCGUGGUCUACAACAGCUAUUGAGGAGGUUGCCAUGCAGGCCCAAGAACAAGGAGUCGAAAUUUGGUUCCAGGUGAUGACAUCCUUUACGUUUACAAGGACAAGACAAAUCACUUCGGGUUUGAUAUCCCGUGCCGAAGCAUGUGGCUGUAAAGCGCUGGUCCUCACAGUAGACGCGCCAGUCCUGGGAAGACGCCUAGCCGAUCUUCGCAAUGCAUUCACGCUUCCAGAUGGGUUGAGAUUUGCAAAUUUCUCCUCGCUGCAGGCGUCAGUGAUGCCAUCGACUAAAGCUGGAUCUUCUGGUUUUAUGGAGUACGUAUCGAACGAGAUCGACCCGUCGAUCAAUUGGGAUACGAUCGAUUGGCUAUUGAAGAGUACAAAGCUGCCGAUCAUUAUCAAGGGUGUGAUGCGAGGCGAUGACGCUGAAGAAGCUGUUCGUCGAGGUGUUCAUGGAAUCAUUGUGUCGAACCAUGGUGGACGACAAAUGGACAGCGCUCCUGCUACUGUCAGUCAAUCUGUAACAUUUACUAUUGAAGUUCUCAGUGAGGUAGUACAUGCAGUUCAAGGAAGAGUUCCGGUGUUUAUUGAUGGAGGUUUUCGAAAUGGUCGUGAUGUGUUCAAAGCGAUAGCUCUCGGUGCUAAGGGAGUCUUCAUAGGACGUCCUGUACUAUGCAGGAGUCUGAUCACUGUAAAGGGAGCUGAAGGCGUCGCUAAAAGUGAUCAAAUUGCUGCAGACGGAAUUGCCCAUACGAUGCAACUCGCAGGUUGUCACUCAGUAGAGGAAAUUCAAGAAAGUCCGGACAUUGUUGUGCAUCAACGAUAUUAUUAUGCGAAGCUAUAA